GGGAGGGAGAUUUUGGGUGCUGCUGGAGAAGCAAAUUUGGUAUAAAUAGCAGAAUCCACUACCGUGAACAGGACUUCCACGGACUGACUGGAAACUUACAAAUAUACAGAUUGGCCGGGACAGCAGCCCGACCACCUCUGACUUCUGGAGCUCCAGCCUGCUGGCAUAGCUUCAAAAAAUGGACCUCAGAGUAACAAGCAUUCUUCUUCUCCUUGUGGUACUGGCUGAGGCGACCCCUGACAGAUACUAUCAUGUGAAGAAACAGCCUUAUCCUACAAAAACUCACACUGUUGCCGGUGAACCUGGUAUUCCAGGUUCCCCAGGUGAACCGGGCCCCCCCGGUCUGCCUGGCCCACCAGGAAUUCCUGGAAAGAAUGGCGUUGGACACCCCGGUCCGGUUGGUCCACCUGGACCACAGGGUCCAGCAGGCUACUCCUCACCUGGUAAACCCGGAGGCCCAGGUUCACCUGGAAAACCAGGUGCACCUGGAAUUCCAGGCGAGAAGGGACAUCCAGGGCCUGCAGGACCUCAAGGUGCAAGAGGAGCGCCAGGAUCACCUGGAAGCCCUGGACCUUCUGGCAUUUCUUCUCCUGGAAAGCCUGGACCACACGGUCUUCCAGGAGCAAUGGGCCCACGUGGAGAAACUGGCCCAAAGGGUCAACCUGGAAUUCCUGGAGAGCCAGGCCAGAAAGGAGAACCUGGUCAUGGUAUUCCAGGAGCACCUGGUAGCACAGGUCCAAUGGGCCCUCAGGGGCCUCCUGGUCAGCCAGGUCAGCCUGGAAUUGGAAAAUCUGGACCAACUGGAUUUCCUGGAGAGCCUGGAAAGCCAGGAUUGCCAGGUAGGGAUGGGUCACCAGGUCCUAUGGGCAUACCGGGACCAAAGGGUCAUACAGGAGCACCUGGAAUCGGAGCAUCGGGAAAACCAGGCCAGAAUGGUGCUCCAGGUUUGCCUGGGCCAAUAGGACAAAAGGGUCCUCAAGGACCAGCAGGGCAGCCAGGCGCUCCAGGUCUGCCAGGUACUGGCAAACCUGGACCAUCUGGACUUCCAGGAGAACGGGGAGUGCCCGGAACCCCAGGUACAACAGGUCAAAAGGGAGAACCAGGGCCAAUGGGUCACACAGGUCAGACAGGUGCUGUUGGCCCAGUAGGUCCACCUGGUCCCCAGGGUUCUAGAGGAUUCAAUGGAGAGCAAGGUCCACAGGGAGCUAAAGGUGACAUUGGUUUGGUCGGGGCACCAGGCCCAAGAGGCGCAAAGGGUGAGCAAGGUGCACAAGGCUUCUCAGGAAAACCUGGUGUUCCAGGUGCAGCAGGUCCUCCAGGUCCAAUAGGCCAUAUGGGGCAUCAGGGUCCCAAGGGCGAACAAGGAUUUACAGGUGCACCCGGUAUCCCAGGUAGCAAGGGGCCACCAGGAGAAAAGGGACAUCCAGGAUUUCAAGGGGCACCAGGUGCAAGGGGUGAAAACGGAAUCCCUGGAUCAAGAGGGCCAACAGGUCCAGUAGGACCUGCUGGUCCACCAGGGUUUAAGGGUCAUCCAGGACUUCCAGGCCCCCCUGGCCCAGCAGGGAUCACAGCCAAAGGAAUUUCUGGACCUCAGGGUCCUCCUGGUAUUCCUGGUGCCAGAGGUCAUGAUGGUCUCCCAGGUCCACAAGGACCUCCUGGGCCACCUGGACCCCCAGGUGAGAUUAUUUACCAACACGAGAAAAGCAUGCCAAUUAAAUCCCAUGAGAUGGUAAUGCCUGUUAGUCACGAGCUGAUAAAGGCACCCAUGUCAGCAUUCACAGCUGUUCUUACUACAGCUUAUCCUAAUGCUGGAACACCAAUCGUAUUCAGCCAGAUUGUUUACAAUGGAGAGAACCACUAUGAUCCUAGUACUGGCAUAUUCACCUGUCAGGUUCCAGGACUUUACUACUUUUCUUUCCAUAUGCAUGUCAAUGGGGCAAAUGCAUUGGUAGCACUUUACAAAAACACAGAACCAGUCAUGUUCUCUUAUGAUGAGUACAACAAAGGUUUUCUUGACCAGCUGUCUGGCAGUGCUAUCCUCCUGCUGAAUUCCCAUGACACAGUGUACAUCCAGGCUCCAGAUGACCAGUCCAAUGGCAUUUAUGCUGAUGAUAAUGUUCACUGUUCUUUCUCUGGCUUCUUGAUUGCCUCAACGUGAUAAACACACUCAAGAAAACCUCAAUCUUUCAAAAAUUGUCUGCCUUAAUACUCAUUUUCUCAUUGCCCCAAGAGUCAUGCAGAAUGGAGAAGAAUUACUAAUUUAGAAAACAAGUUGAUUUACAUUAGGCCUAUUUGUAUGGAAAUAUUUUGAUACUCUCAAUUAUUAUGGAGCACCAAUAAAAAUUAUCCAAGAAUACAAGACAACAGAUCUAUUGCCUAAAACCUGAAAUGGUGGUUAUAUAUUAAAAUGGUGCUAUGUGUUUGCCUUUUUCCUGUGCUCACAUUUUAACAAAAGGUUCCUGUGUUUAGUAUGCUUAGAAUACACAGUAUGUUAACACACGACAGCCUCUUUAACAGACACUAAGUGAGUCAGAUCUUGAAAUAAAUGGAUUUUAAAGUGAAUGAUAAUAAUAACUGUAAGUUUUGUUUGUUUUUGUUUUUUGUUUUGUUUUCAUUUAACGCUGUAAUAUCUCACAAGGUGUGCAUUAUAAUAAUCAACACAAAUAAAGUUUUAGUGCCAGUG